AUGGAAACCAACCCUUCCGGAAGCGGACCGGCGAAUGGCCAGCACUUGGCCCCAUUUCGCCUGGUUGGAAAUGGCAAGGGUUUGGAGCCAUUUGAGCUGACGCCCGAGCAAGAAGGGCAGAUGCGGGAUGGCACCACCCAAGUCAAGCCUCGCAGGGAAUUGAUGAGGUGGUACUUUGCGCAGAAGUUGGGAGCCCUACAGGACACCAUGGAUCAUGUCUGGAUGUGUACGACCAGGCAACUCUGGCUCAAUCUGCUCAACAAAGGACAUACCCGCGUCUCAAGAGACUCGAUUCUCGGGGAGAUUGACGCCAAGGUUUGGGAUAUUCUUGCGGAGUUUUUCACGGCUGACAGUCCACUCUUACCAGAAUACCCGUUUGGCGAGCAUCCUGCCCACGACGAGAGCGCUCCCAUGUCGCAAGAGUACGAGAAGAUGCGAGAGAAGAUGGCCGUUCCGCUGGUUCCCGGGGGUAGCCGUACCUGCGCCCCUCCGAUCCCUCCCAAAGACAUGGAAAUUAAAGAGUUUCGGGAUUGGAUUGUAGAGGAAGGCCUGUGGGGGAUCGUUACCAUCGACGCCACGAACGAGUACAGUACUCCGCUCCCUCCUGCCGUGCCUAGACACAAGUUACGAAAGGGUUGCUCUGAGAGGGUCAAGGCGUUGUGGGAAGAUUCUGCGUGUUUUGAAUGGGCCAAAUGCCCUAGCGUGUUGCUCCCAGGACGUUUUCAGGUUAUUGUACCUCAUGUACCAGAGCUAUUCCACCUUCCUCAGAGUCAUGAGGUUAUCCGUUGUAUCCCUCAGAGUCGUGCCAUCGUGCGGCGUCAGCAUUAUACAGGAUUUUACCUCCACAAUCGUAAAACCGUGGUGGUGGACAAAUAUGCCAUUGGCCCAGAUCUUGAUGAUGGGGAUAUCCGCGAUAUUGACCAACAGACUGCAAAUGACAUGAAGGGUCUUUGGCAGAGUAUCCUCAACUGGGCGUUGAUGGUGUGGUCUGGAAAUGUGAUCAGGUUCGAGGAAUGGUCAGAAAUGACCAGACAGAAUAUCGAUCCAUUUAUCAACCGUCAUGAAUUGGUGAUCUACAUAGACCUCAUCAAGGCAUCACACGAGCACAAUCUGGCCACUCUAGAUGGGCUGAUCAAACGUACCAACUCCAUCAAGGCGCUGUUCAAGGCUAGUGAAAGGUCAAGGGAGACUCUAGGCAGAGAAGUGGCCACGAUUCUGCAAAAUAAGCAGCGCUCUUCCGCCGAUCGCGAGAAUGACAUGUCUGAACUGGCUCUCAAGGGGCAAGAUUGCCUUCCGAGAUUUGGCACAAACUCGCCCUUUGAACAGCACCUCCUGAAUACAAUGUGGGUGAUCUCACAGAGCAACAAGGAGGGUGCAGCCUGUAACAGCGUCAGUGGCGAGCAGGAUAUGUGGCCCACUGUACGGAGAGUCACCGCAGUCGUGUUAAAGCGCAUCGUUGUUCAGAAUAUCCGGAAGCCAAUGACCAUCCCAAAUGUCGAGUCAGACAACCAAGCCUGA